AUGGUAGACCGUACCCACUUCGUCCCGAAGCACACUGGAUGUAGCAUCCUCCCAUGCACGCCACUCUUCUCACGCCUCCUCCGCUUCGCCCACCAGCAUCCACCAAGACCAUGCAUCCACGAUGUCCGGACCUCCCAGACUCGCACCCAUAUCGAUCUCCUCACUGACGUCCUCGCGCUCCGGGUAGUCAUCUACGAUGCUCUUCCCCCUUCGGCUAUCGCUGCUCUACACCGCCAAGAAGAAAUCUAUAUCGCCGUCAUCGCAGCCGGCGGCUACGAAUAUGCGGUUGCUGUGCUCGCCAUCCUCGCCAUCUGUGCCGCAGCCGUACCAAUUACGCCCGCGCUUCCUGUCGACGAAGCCGUAUACUUCAUCCAAAAGUCGCGUGCGGCACUAAUUUUAACGAGCAUGCCCGAGAAUUCCAAAGGCGAGGCACUUGAAUCACGGAUCCGAGCAACUGCCCCAACAUCUGCACGACCCAACCCGCAGGACUUUACACAUUUGUCUAUCGGGCCAGUGCUGAUGAAUAAGGCCUUGAAACCAGAAGACAUCCUCGUGUCCUCGAACCGCUACCUCGACGAAAACGCCCCCGCCAUCGUUAUCUUCACCUCCGGAACCACCGGGCCACCCAAAGGCGCCGUGAUGCGCCGCGCAUACGUCUCUGAUCACGCUCUCGCCGUCGCCGAUCACUACGCUCUUACUCCCAAUGAUCGGAUCCUACACGUCCUACCCGUGCAUCACGCAACCGGGGUCGGGAUCUCCUUCUUCCCUUUUCUAAUCGCCGGCGCAGCAAUCGAGUUCCGCAGCGGCUCCUUCGACGAACGUUGGAUGUGGGAGCGGUGGCGAGCUGGCGUCGAUGACCAAGACUCUUCUGCUCCGCGCUUGACGUUCUUCAGCGGCGUGCCGACGAUAUACAUGCGUAUGCGGCGGUACUACCAGCUCCAUUUGUCUAAACGGCCCCGGAAGGAGGUAAUGCGGUAUGAAGCCGGCGCGAAGCAGUUCCGGGCGUGUCUAUGUGGGACGAGCGCACUACCGAGGCCGUUAGAAGAGUUUUGGAGGGGAUUGCUUGGGAAGCGGAUUUUGCAGAGGUAUGGGGCGACGGAGUUUGGGGCGGUUUUCAAGGCCGGGUUGGAGGAUGGGGAUGUGCCAGAGGGGAGUGUUGGGGAGACGGAGCCCGGGGUAGAAAUCAAACUCGGGGGCUCGGGGAAUGCAGAGGAGGGGGAGGUGUUGGUCAAGAGUCCGCACAUGUUCUCAAAAUACCUCCACGACCCCGAGGCAACCGCGAAGGCUCACGACGAAGAUGGGUUUUUUCGGACAGGCGAUAUUGCACGCCGCACAGGGAAGUACUACCACAUCCUCGGCCGCGCCUCCCUCGACAUCAUCAAGUCCGGCGGCUACAAGAUCUCUGCGCUAGAUAUUGAGCGCGAAAUCAUCGCUCUCCCCUACAUCGCCGAAGUCAUGAUCGUCGGUGUUGCCGACGAGGAGUUCGGCCAACGCGUCGCCGCUCUCGUGUCCCUCCGCGAUGAAGAGCUGACCCCUUCGUACUUCCAAAGUCACGGUAAUGAGCGAUUUGCGCUUACGAUUGAGGAUUUGAGAAGAGAGUUGAGGCACAGGCUGAGUGGGUACAAGAUGCCGACGCUUCUGCGGAUUGUGGAGGGCGAGCUGCCCAAGACGGUUACCGGGAAGGUGCAGAAGAACGUGUUGGGGCCGAGAUUCUUUCCGGGGGAUUGGGGGAGUUGUGGGGAUGUGCAGCGGUGGGAGGGGAAGACAGAUGUGGUGGCGAGGCUGUGAUGUGAUGUAGACUCGGCAUAUUACGUUGGAAGGCCGUCUUUUGAGGUCUAUGUCUGACUACUUUUAGAUGACGACUUUCCUGGUUCUUUGGGAACUCUGUUGGAUAGCCGUUUGAGAACUCUAUUGGAUAACCGUUUGCUGGCUCAUUAUGGUUCUUUUUAGCAGCUCUAUUGGAUAGACGUCUGCUAGUUCGUUAUGGUUUUCUUUGCAUAUUGCAGCGAUCAGG